GGACUUGGUGCUGGCUGCCCCUGUGUGGCACCCGCGUGAGCGCCUAGGCCAGCCCAUGCAGCCAGGCCACUUCUGGUGCCCAACCCGCAGAAACCACAAGAUAACACGCUUGUUUUUGGGGUCUACAUCUUGGGAUGGUUUGUUACACAGCAGGUCACAGUACACUAGCUGUCCGAUGUUCCUUAGGCUCUGAACCCUGCUCCCUCCCUUGUGCCCUGAGGGUGACGGGAGUGAGGCCCAAGCCCAGGGCCUGGUGUGUGGCCGGAGAGCACGCCCUGCGCCUGCACAGCCCCCAGCCCCUGCAGGCAGCCAUCUCCUUGCCCCUCCCUGGGCAGAUCAUGACCUCACAAUGUCAGGCCACCUCACUGCAUCCUUUGGGCCCCAACAGAGGCUCUGGGCAGAAAAGAGUCAGAAAAGGGCCAGGGGGUGGGCCCUCCUCCAGCGGGGUGCCAGUGAGCUGCUGGGCCAGGUGAGACCAUCUGCCCCUUGGCUGCUGUCCACAGUGAACUGCGAUUGUGCUUCCUUUCUGUAUGACACCGUUCCUAUCCAGUCCAGUGUGGUGUUAUGUUCCUGCCCGUCCCCAUCAAUGGUGAGGACCCAGACUGAGUCUGGCACGGCCCCUGGCGUUCCCGGUGGUGGGAGCAGGCAGGGCCCUGCCAUGGACGGCACCGCAGCUGAGUCCCGGACGAGCGCCAGCUCCCUGCAGCACGCCUCCCAGCCACCACAACAGCCUCGGAAGAAACGGCCUGAAGACUUCAAGUUCGGGAAAAUUCUUGGCGAAGGUUCUUUUUCGACAGUUGUCUUGGCUCGAGAACUGGCGACCUCCAGGGAAUAUGCUAUUAAAAUUCUAGAGAAACGGCAUAUUAUAAAAGAGAACAAGGUCCCAUAUGUAACCAGAGAGCGAGAUGUGAUGUCACGCCUGGAUCACCCCUUCUUUGUUAAGCUUUACUUCACAUUUCAGGAUGAUGAAAAGCUGUAUUUUGGCCUUAGUUAUGCCAAAAACGGAGAACUACUUAAAUACAUUCGCAAAAUCGGUUCAUUCGAUGAGACCUGCACCAGAUUCUACACAGCUGAAAUCGUGUCUGCCUUGGAGUACCUGCACGGCAAGGGCAUCAUCCACAGGGAUCUUAAACCAGAAAACAUUUUGUUAAAUGAAGAUAUGCACAUCCAGAUCACAGAUUUUGGAACAGCAAAAGUAUUGUCCCCAGAGAGCAAGCAAGCCAGGGCCAACUCGUUUGUAGGAACAGCACAGUACGUUUCUCCAGAGCUGCUCACAGAGAAAUCGGCCUGUAAAAGUUCAGACCUCUGGGCUCUUGGAUGCAUAAUAUACCAGCUUGUGGCAGGACUCCCGCCUUUCCGAGCCGGAAACGAAUAUCUUAUAUUUCAGAAGAUCAUUAAGUUGGAAUAUGAUUUCCCAGAAAAAUUCUUCCCUAAGGCAAGAGACCUUGUGGAAAAACUUUUGGUUUUAGAUGCCACAAAGCGGUUAGGCUGUGAAGAAAUGGAAGGGUACGCACCUCUUAAAGCUCAUCCGUUCUUUGAGUCCAUCACAUGGGAGAACCUGCACCAGCAGACGCCGCCAAAGCUCACGGCUUACUUGCCUGCCAUGUCGGAGGACGACGAGGACUGCUACGGCAACUACGACAAUCUCCUGAGCCAGUUUGGCUGCAUGCAGGUGUCGUCAUCGUCUUCCUCCCACUCCUUGUCUGCCCCGGAUGCGAGCCUGCCCCAGAGGUCGGGCAGCAACAUAGAGCAGUACAUCCACGAUUUGGACACUAAUUCUUUUGAACUGGACUUACAGUUUUCCGAAGAAGAGAAGAGGUUAUUAUUGGAGAAGCAGGCUGGUGGAAACCCUUGGCAUCAGUUUGUAGAGAAUAAUUUAAUACUGAAAAUGGGUCCAGUGGAUAAGCGAAAGGGUUUAUUUGCACGACGACGACAGUUAUUGCUUACAGAAGGACCACAUUUAUAUUAUGUGGAUCCUGUCAACAAAGUCCUGAAAGGUGAAAUUCCAUGGUCACAAGAACUCCGACCGGAGGCCAAGAAUUUUAAAACUUUCUUUGUUCACACGCCUAACAGGACGUAUUACCUGAUGGAUCCCAGUGGGAAUGCUCACAAGUGGUGCAGAAAGAUCCAGGAGGUUUGGAGGCAGCGAUACCAGAGCCACCCGGAUGCUGCUGUGCAGUGACGUGGCCUGUGGCUGGGCUGCCCUUCGCUGCCAGGACACCUGCCCCAGCGCGGCUCAGCCGCCAUCCGGGACGCUUCCAGACCACCUGCCAGCCAUCUCAAGGGGAACGCAGAAGGCGGAAACCUUGCAGCUUUUUUAUUUAAAAGAAAAGAAGAAAAAAAAUACCCAACCACACAAAGAACAAAACCGAUAACAAACAGGAAUUCAGGGUUGCUUUGCUUGCUCUCUGUGCUCCGUGGAGGCUUCCACACGCCCUUGUCGCUGUGGGGACCCAGCUCCGUGCACGUCAGCCCAGUUCCCGCCCAGACUAGUGGACAGACCUGGCGUUACCAGCUUCUCCUAGCAUCAGUCAGAAUCGUGUGCUGUGCCCUCCUGCCCCGUGCUGGCCCUGCCCUGGCCGAGGGGACCGGGUGUGUCUCGGCUCUUCCCCCCCUCCUGACACAUGAUCAUGGAACCCUUCACCAGGGAGGGAGCUUCUGCAGUCUCGCUGGGGUGGCCACCAGCCCUGUGCUGGAGGGUUUUUGGCUUCUGUGCGUGUGCCCUCUUUCUUGCGUUCCUGUUGAUGGCCCCUAGGUGCGGCUGGGCCCCUUGCGUGUCUCCCGCAUGGCUCUGAUGGCAGGAUUUCUGUGGUCUCUGCCGUCUGCAGGCAGACUCCAUGCAUUGAGGAGCAGGAGGGCGUGGAGUGACACGGGCAGACUGCCCAGGGGGCGGGCGUGCUGCCCCACGGCUCGGCUUCUUGGUUCCACUGAGUGUGUUGGUCUCUGGGGCUGAGCCCAUGCCCGGGACGGGGGGGCCAGUGGAAGUGACCCGAUUAGCACCCCCAGGGUCAUUGCAAGAGAGACAGAGUCCUGCCCUGAGCCCCAGGUGAGGCCAGGAGGUGCCUUGGAGAAUUCAGCCAGAGUAGAUUGGGUCUGCUAGCCUCCAGGGGGAGUAGUGAAUGAGGCCCAUGCCCUUCCGAAGAGUCUCUCAAAAGGUUUAAGUGCGAAAGCCUCCCUGAUUGGUGAAGUAGGGUCUGAGAGAGAAUCCUGGGAUUAACAGACCAGGGCGUGUCAGUCUCCUGCAGAUGGCACCCGAGUGCAGGUGCCCAGUGUCACACGCACCCUGUUUGUAUUGUGGUUAAACAUUUCUCAGAGCCGAGUUUUUACAUCUCUAUGUUGAAAACCUAAAAGCCUCCUUAUGUUGCUGAGUCACCUAGUCCCAUAAAGAGUGGGCUUUGCCUGUUGGCGUUGUGUGGAAGGUGAGAAUAGUGCACUUAACCUGGGCUUGCCUGGUCUGAUCUCCUCUGCUUCUUUUCAACGCGUUGGUGGUGGUGCACUGCUGUGAAGCACAGUCUGAACGCAUUAGUGUGUUGCCUUGCUGCUCCCCAGGUUGAGCGAGCUGCUGAGGCCUGGCAGGGCUGGGCCGUCCUGCUCCCCGGGGGCAGCCGACAGUCUCGUGGGGGAGAGGCAGGCGUUGCUGCUGCCUUCACAGUCUGCUCACAGACAUGCCUCUGACUCGAAUGUGCCUGGGGGAUGAACAGCUUUGCCAUUUCUGUAGACUUUCACAAAGGUACCAGCAGAAGGCCCACACAGAAAAGAUUCCCAUAACCCUUCCUGUCCCCUCGUCCUCCAUCUCAUAUGACCCAUCAGUCACCCUGUGUACCAGGUCCAAAUGGAGAGCAAUGAUAAGAGUGGCUCCUCUUAAACUCCAGGGGGGAGUGCAGAUGUGGGAUGUUCUGUCGUGCUGGGGCAGUGAGGGAGCCCCAGUGACUAUGAGUCGUGUGCAGUUCCGGCGUUGCAGGGAGCAGGACGCUCUGGGGCCCAGCACAUAGCCCUGAGCCUGUGGCCAGAGGCUCAGCUCCUCUCUUCCUCUUAGCUUUUGAAAAGGCUUGCCUGUGUCAGUUGGGUCUCACUUGGCCGUUUCUUUCAGGAAUUUCUGUUCAAGCUUACUCCCUUUCAUCAGCUAUUUUACCCUUUGCAGAACGUCCUGCGUCUGUGUGUGCAGGAGCUGCUUCCGAACUCCUGACUGCAGACAUGGAUGCAGAAGAGACGUCUUUCCUGGCAUGUAGUUACAGGGAAACAAGCAGAGCUGACACUCAGCUUUAUUAAGAGCACUUGGCUGGGCUGCUGGGGGAGAAUCUUCUGUUGCAUUCUUCCCUCUGGAUAGCGCCACUACCUCCUGGGCUUCACCGACAAGCUCCAUCUUAACCUCCAAAACCACAGAAUUAGGGGUUCAGAGCUGGCACUUGCAGCCAACAGCUGAAACAUCUGCCCUGUCUGAGCUGAUGCCAGCUGAGCCCUUCUUGUGGGUCACCUUUUUCCUCACUGAGUCCCUUUUUUCCUGGCCUUUAAUUUUUAAAAGUCCAUGCAUAUUCAUAUUCUUUAAUUACCUGUACUGACUCAUAUCAACUAAAGUUUUAUCCAUCCCAUCCUCAGAGCCAUCACCUGGCAUGCCCAGGUGCCUUACAUUCUAAGAUGGGACGUGGGUGACAGUCUACAUACAUAUACAUACAUACAUGGAAAUAUAUUGUUGAUUUAUCCAAGGUGAGAAAAUUAGUGCCCUGUUGUUUAAUAGAUCCGAAGAGCCAUGUGUCAGUUACUAAGAGUGGGCAAGGGUAAAUGUGAAGCCCUGCAUGGCCUCUUGGUUCAGAGGGGAGGAUGCCACCAGAAGGCUGUAGUCACUGUCAGCUCAGACAGCCCACUGCAUCUUGCUUUUCCCUGGGACACAGAGGAAGCCAGGUAUCAAGGGGUUGUUUUCUCCUCUCUUCCUGUGGCAGCAGCCAGGCAGUGAGCGGUCCCCGUGUGGAGCACUAAACCUCUCUACCCCAGUGAGUGGCAGCACAGUGUGGCUCCCAUUUGGAAUCUUAACUUGUUUGGAAGCCUGUUAAAAAUUUGCUUUGAGGAGGACAGCUCAUGACAUGCCACAGCUGGGGGAAUGUGGCCAGCUCCAGCCCUCUUGGGACAUGUUCUGGUAUUUGUGGCCCGUGCCCAAAGGAAUUGCAGAGACAGGCCCGUGGCUCAGACACCCAUGGUGCCUGCACAGGGGCUGUGAGUGAUUCUGUACUCUCUUCAGACUAACAUUUAUUUUCUGAAAAAACCCGCUGUAGGCUCCCCACGUGGAGGAGAGCAUUGUGAAUAUUUGGUCUCCCAUGUCCUGCCCCCCCCCCAUUUGUUUGCUUUUUUAACUAAACUGGGAACAUACAACAUGAACUGUUUUGCAUCUAGCUUUUUUCACUUGAUUUUUAAAAAGCAUUUUCCCAUGUCUCGAGUAAUUGAAAAACAUGUUUUUAAUGAUUGUAGAGUUUAAUGGUUGUAAAUUUUAUCAUAAUUUAUCUCACCAUCUCCCUAUUGUAAGCAUUUAUGUGGUUUCUGGUUUUUCACUAUUUAAAUGAUGCUGUGAUAUGAAUAUCCUUAAUCUUUGGUUUUUGACUCUUUUUUUCCCCCUUAGAUGCCUAGAAGUGGUAUUUUUGGUCAAAGAGUUUGUUCAUUUUAAAGAUACUACUCUCUUUUCUCUUGACCUGAUGCUUAGAUGCUCAGAGUUCCAUUAACAGAACUUCCUUAGCUGUGUCCUACAGAUUCUGAACAAAUCAGUUUCUGAUAAGCUGUGUGUUCCAAAGAAUGUUUGAAUAAGACCACUUUUUUUAUAAAUGCUGAAAUGAUGUCAUUACUGCACUCCAUUCGUGACAGGUUUUUCCAAGAGCCAGUUUCCUUAUUUGCGUUGCAGGAAUCUGGCUAUGCCUGCAUGUUCUCCUCAUCCCUGCUGCUAUGGCUUUCAAGUGCUUGGUGAUAUUUUCAGAAUCUUGUACUUUGUGUCCACAAUGGUACUGAAUUUGCAUCUGCACAGUCAGCAGAGAUAAAGUGUUGAACUGACCUUGCCACAUGCUUAAUGGGUGAUUUGUAAUUAAGUUUAUAGACUCAGAAAGUACAUUGGGCCAUUUGGAAUCAGUAGCAGAGCAAAAGCUCUACUUGGAAAAGAAACUGUGUAGAUCAUUGGAUUUUACAGAAGCUAUUUGUCGUCCUCCCCCACUCCCUCACCUCGGUAAGGUUUAGUGGUUCAGAAGAGCACGAUGGCCAGGCCUUUUCACUGUAGAAUGUGCUUGUCCUGGCUGGUAUGGAUUUAAGGCCUUCUCCCCACUCCCUGCCCACAGUGUUGUAGGUUGCCUAGUUGUCUUCAAGUCCAGAUCACCCGAAUUUGGUUGCAUUCUUAAUGUCUCCACUUUUGUUGGGGUCCAUUGAUUGAGGGGAAACAUGCAUGACACAUAUUUCUAGGUGCCACGCUCAGUACUACUUGACUUUACCAGAGAUUAUGGCUGAAUUGUGCAGUAUUAGGUCUCCUGCCGGCUGAUGCCCUGAGGCCCCUCCCUUGGCUAGCCACAAACCCAGAUCGCUCACUGCUGAGAUUUUCGGGCGGUUGUAGCUGCAGUGAGAAUAUGGUGAAGGUGCUGUUCUUGGAGAUGUCGCCAUAGCUUUUUUCCAUUUUGUUUCUUUUCAAACCUAACAUGAACCGAUGGUGACUCAAGUGGGUGUGGCCCUUUUUUAGGCAGCAUAUACCACAGAGACCCUAGAAUUGGGGCUGGAGUCACUUCCAGAGCCUCUGAGGGGCACCCACUUCUGGCCCAAGAUUGCAGGGUUGUAAACCAGGCUGCCUGUGGAGAACUUGUCUGGGGAGGAAGCAAAGAGCAGUUUUAUCUGCUGCUGAGAUGGCCAUGAUGGGCAACUGAAUGAGCCUACGUGCAUACCUGAAUUUUCCCCAUAACUCAUUUCUUCAAUAUGAAGAAACACCAAACUGUGUACAGAGAACUUUUUACAAAAGGCAAACCUUUUUUUAGCUGUGUAACCCACCCUAGUCUAACCGUCUGGCUGAGUGACUACUAAUAGAGGGGUCAUUUUUCUGGUGAAAGCCUCUAUUACUGUAAGUUUGGAAGUUGGCAAAAUUAAAUGUUACAGUAUUUAGAGCUGCUGUAGCUGUUCCUUAACAACAUAAAAUAGGAUGAAUCAGUGUGUUAGCUGUCUUUCAGGUUGGUGGCAGUCAGUUAGGACAUGUGUAAUAUUCUCUACCUGGUCUGUAGCUGUAACUGUGAUGUACAGGCAAAGCAAAAAUUAAGAGAAAACUUAUGAAAACAAAUAAUGCAAUGAUAUUAGGAUAUACACUUUUGUAUUUUUAUUCUUAUAUAAGGUUAUUUGCUGGCUGUUGUUGGCCUCUAGUUCAGUCUGUGUUAUUUAAAUUCUAAUAUAUGAAUUAUUUGGAUUGAAUUCAUGUUCGAGGCCACAGUGUUGUAUGUAUUCAUGUACAGCCUUGAAUGUGAAUAAUUAUUGUAAACUAUAUUUUACAACUUUUUUUCUGGCUUUAUUAUAUAAAUUUUCUAUUUGGUCAAUGAUUUAAUCAUAUAAUUUAAUGAAUCUGUUUAUUCUCUUUUUUUUUUUUUUCAAAUAUUUGUGCUUCAGGUGUAGUUACCGGAUGCUGAAUUUUCCUUGUAUGCUCGGUAGUCUUGUAAUAAAAGCAUGUAGAGUGUA